UUUGCACUUCUCUAGCUACAGUCAGUCUGCACCCACCCUCCGAGGCACUCUCCACCUCCCCUUCCCACCACUGCUUCCUUUUUCUCUCUCCUCUUUUCCCAACACCAAUAUUAUCAUGCAGCAGCAGCAGCAGCAGCAGCAACAUCACUUCCCUCUUUCCCAAGAUUCUCCUAAUAGUACUAGCAACAAUUCCUCCUCUUCUUCCUCUACAACCAGUAAUAACAACAACUCUUCUUCCACCACAACCACCCCUAAUAGUAACAAUAACAGUAAUAAGCGAGGUCGGGGGAAAGGUGGUCCGGACAACAACAAGUUUCGCUACCGUGGAGUCCGACAACGGAGCUGGGGUAAAUGGGUAGCCGAGAUCCGAGAACCUCGUAAACGUACCCGUAAAUGGUUGGGUACUUUUGCAACAGCGGAAGAUGCUGCACGGGCUUAUGACCGGGCUGCUAUUAUUUUAUAUGGUUCUAGGGCUCAGCUUAAUUUACAACCUUCUCCUCCUCCUACUUCUGGUGGACCCACCACCGCUUCCUCCUCUUCUCGUGGCUCCUCCUCUUCUUCCUCCGGCAUAACUCAAACACUACGUCCUAUCCUCCCUAAGCCCGCUAAUGGAUUUGGUUUCAGCUUCUCCAAUUUCCCUUACGGUGGAUACGGUGCUGGAGCGGGGUCCACCUCGUCGUCGACAUCGGUGUUGCAGUACCCGUACUACCCGAAUAUUGUCCACGGGCCUUCGUUGCAAUGGACCGCGGCGUUUUCUCCUUCUGCAUCUUUACCCUUCGUGCAACCGGCUGUAAACAAUAAUAUGAAUGAUAAUGAUAAUGAUAAUAAUAACAAUAGUACCAUUGGAUUGCUUAAUACUAGCAAUAGUACUGUCAUUAGUGAUAAUCAUGAUCAUGAUCAUCGACAACAUCAAUUGCAGUUGCAGGAAGAGGUGGUGGAGCACCAACCACUAGAUCAAACCCAACUGCACCACCAACACCACCACCACCACCACCACCAGCAACAAAAUGGUUAUAAUGAGGAAUAUCAUCAUAAAAGCUUUUGCGAUGAGAUCAGCUCGCUUGUGGGUUCAGUUGAUUCAAGUUUAUCUUUAGGGUCGCAAGUAAUCGGGCAUUCGGAUCCAAGUAUGAUUAAUCUACCCGGGUCGCCGUUAAAUUGGCCGAUGUCGUCGUUAGGUGGUGAAUUGGAAGAAUAUCAUCAUAGUGCCAACUUUUGGGAUUAUGGUACUGAUCAUGAUCCCUUCUUGUUCUUCUCCGAUCAUCAUCAAAUUUGAAGAUUAAUUUUGAUCAAAAUUUUGCAUGCAACUCGAUCUUCUUCUCUAAAGAGGUAAUUAAGGUGUUAAUUAAUUAAAUUAAUUCCUUGGAAAUCAAAGUUUGGUGGAGAAUUAUGGUCAACAAAAGGAGAGAAACAACAUGCAAAAACUUGCACCAUGUCCCAAAAUAUUCCUUGUGAAUUCCCAAAGAGGUUGGUUGAUUAUGAAUUGCAAUUAAUCCCUAAUUAAUUGCAAUUAGAAUAUUUAAAAAUAUCACUUAAUUAUAAUUUCAUAUUUAUUUCUCUUUCAAUUAUGUAUUGGGAAAGAGAUUUCAAGUUUUUUUUUUUUUUUUUUUACUAUUUUUGACCAAUUUGCCUAUGGUAUAGUAUUAGAACUAGUAAGUAAUUAGUGGUAAUAGAAAUUAUAUGUAAUAAUAUUUCUUUUGUUUAUACUAUUAGAGGAGUAUUAUUUAUUAUUUUGAUUAU